UGUGGUUGGGCCGCCUGGUUCGGAUCGGGCGGUGGGAUCUCCUCCCAGUCCAGCAGCGGGGCUCGGUCCGACUGUUCCACCAUGGUACUGUUGCAGCCUCCGAGGACACAGAAAGAAAAGGAAAAAACACAAAGCUCCGAUGUCCAGGUGCUAUUGUGGCAUGGCAUUGUGAAAGAAGUCGUUCCUCGAACUCAGACCCCAAGCAUGGCUACGUUAUUUGAUGGGAUCAGCCAGCAGCUGGAUUUUUCUAGCUGUGGAGAAGAGAGCAGCGGCAGCAGCAGCAGCAGUGACAACUCGGAUGACAGCACCUCCAGAAUCUGCAGUCCCACCUCCGCUUGCAGGACCCCCAGAGUGCAACGUCACUUCAGCAGAAGCAGCUCUUUAUGUUCCCCUCAACACUGUACCAGCCCCAUACCUUAUGCCUCCUGGAGGAAGCUGAGACUGUGUGACUCUCCCAGCACGCCCAAGAGUUUGCUAUCAAAGUCCUCCCAGCCUUACUCCAGUCUUAAGAUAAGUCGUCAACAGAGAACUCUGCGUUUUGCCUCAGCUGCCGCAAGCCUUAUCAUGGCACCUCUUGUCAACGUGAAUCCUUUCACCCCGGACACAGUGCGCAGGAACAGUGAGCAACAGUGGAGGAACAGUUGUAGGAGAGGUGAUGAUGAUGCUUAUGGCCACAGGUUUAAACACAGCCUAACGUCAUCUGAAGAGGAUGAUGAAGCCUUUCUCCCACCAAAGAGACGAGCUGUCCAAGCCUUCAUGCUGUCACGCUAUGAGAGUGAGUUCCUGGAGAUUGAGUGCAUUGGUGUGGGUGAGUUUGGUGCAGUUUACAAGUGUGUGAAGAGGCUGGAUGGCUGCUUGUAUGCCAUUAAACGCUCCCGACGACCCCUGGCAGGCUCUGCCAAUGAGCAGCUGGCCCUAAAGGAGGUGUAUGCACAUGCUGUUCUUGGGCAUCACCCACAUGUCGUUCGAUAUUACUCAGCAUGGGCAGAGGAUGAUCACAUGAUUAUUCAGAAUGAAUACUGUGAUGGUGGGAGUCUCAGUGAUGCUAUUGUGCAGAGGGAGGUAAAGGGAGAGCUGUUCACAGAGGCUGAGUUGAAAGAUCUGCUUCUACAAGUGUCUAUGGGUCUAAAAUACAUCCACAGCUCAGGCCUUGUUCACUUGGACAUCAAACCAAGUAAUAUAUUCAUUUGCCACCGACUCAGCACAAUUGAGGGCGAGAGUGAAGAGGAAGAUGAUGGAAGCCCUUCAGCCAGAGUCAUUUACAAAAUUGGUGACCUGGGUCAUGUGACAUCAACCAGCAGUCCUCAAGUUGAAGAGGGGGAUACCCGCUUUCUGGCCAGUGAAGUCCUGCAUGAGAAUUACAGCUACCUCCCCAAGGCAGACAUAUUUGCUCUGGGCCUUACAGUGCUGCUGGCAGCCGGGGCUUCUCCUCUGCCACUAAAUGGAGAGCAGUGGCACAGUCUUAGAGAGGGGCGUCUCCCCAAGCUCCCACAGGAGCUCUCGCCUCCCUUUAGAUGCUUACUUCAGUUGUUGUUGGAUCCAGACCCAACGAAGCGGCCAUCUGCCAGGGAGCUUUGCAAACACACAGUCUUGAGGGAGAAGAGGACUGAGAGGCUGGCUGCUCAGCUACGAAGAGAGCUGAAUGUAGAGAGGUUCAGGACUGCCAUGCUUGAAAAAGAACUCCAGGAGGCCCGUCAGGCAGUAUUGUCACCCAAGCAGAACCUCCCACAGGGGUGGAAACCACCUGUUAAGAUGGGCUCUCUCCCCAGAACAGGGAGGAGGCUUGUUGGUAGAAAGACUGUGCGAUCCAUGAGCUUUGGUUGCCCAGGUUAUGGAGUUUGAUGGGAUGACAAUGAAGCCUGCAUUUGUUCUUUGCUGUGUUUAUUGUAACCCAUGCUGGGUAAAGGUUGUGAUUAAAAAUGCAGCAGUAUAGAAUGAUUGCAGCAGCAAUCCUACCAGAAAUAAUGGCUGAAUUCUUAUUUUUUUUUUUUUCUGCUUGGACUAAGACUUAAAGCUUUGAACAGAACGGUUUUAGUCUAAUUGUACUCUUGACUCAAACACAUGUCUCAGGUGACAAUUUCAACAUCUUGUAACAAGUGUAGA